AUGGACGUGGCGAUGAUGGCAGGGCAUGAGGCUAUUGUCAGGCUCUUCAUGAGCCACAGUGGUGAUAUCCUUACCAGCUCGAGAACGACUGCUCGGCCAGCACCCGCUGCAAAACACAGUCGUCCUGAAAGAGAGCCAAAGACAACGGGAUUUGACGCGACAAUAGUCGACUUCUAUUCUCAUGAACACCAGAGCACUGAUACAACCUCUGGCGAUGCUCACCAAGUGCAGAAUGUGUUGGCGAACAGGACCAAGGGUGAAUUCUAUCCGGAAUCGGAUCUCAGAUGGAUACAUCUCCCUGCGAAUUGUACUCUCUUGACGACGUUGAGAUCCGUCGAGAACGAUGACCAGAAAUGUUCCGAUAUACUCAAGGAUGAAUUGUGGAUACGCCAGCUCCACGACCCCCUUAUUCAUCUGUUCAUGGGCGAUUUACCAAGUCGCUAUGUCGAGAGGUCUCCCACAAAUUUGUUUUAA